CCAACCGCAAAAUUAUUAAACACAUGUUAAAUAUCAGACAGUCUUGCUUACGUUUUUCAUAUUUGUGUUUACGUUAUUACCUCACAUUCGUUUCCUCUUCUCAAUUCUUCUUUUAUUCACUACCGCGCAUUCGUCUCUUCUCACAUCGAUACAGAAUUAUGCACAUCCAUUUCAUGGUUCAAACUUCUUUUCUCUCAACUCUCGUUUUGCUACUCUGAAGAUGAUCAUUUUGCCAUAAAAAAUUAUUUCUUCUCCUCUCGAAUGUGCGUUGAGUUUUACGCGAGAUAGUUGUAGUUUACAUUUUGAGCUGAAACGACUGAAAAAAUCAAUUUUUGUGUUUUUGUUAUUCCGUUGAUUUAAAAAAAAAAAAACUUAAGUUUUGUGGAUUGGAUUGGAAAUUAUGAAAUAAUUGUGUGAAAAAAUAAAAAUCAUUGAGUUUUAGGAAGUUACAAAAAAAAUAUAAGCGAUACAAAAGAUUACUUUUUGAUCCAUACGCAGUUCCUAUAACAAAACAACACCAAAGAUAAACGUUAAAUAAACAAGAAUUAAAAAUGCUGAGAAAUAGAAAAGAUGGCAAAAUUAUCUCAGAUGCAGACGACAUCAAAUCAGACUUGUCUACUGAUUUCCUAUCAAGUGAAAAACUGCUUAAAAUCAAACCCGCAAAAGUAGACUCAACAGAUAUGAAUGCAUACAGCAAUGUUAUGGACCGACUCCGUUCAACCUUUUCGAGCGGCAAAACAAAAGAUAUAAAAUUCCGUAAGAAGCAGCUUGAAGCAAUGUUAAAAAUGUACGAAGAAAAUAGAGAUGAAAUUUGUAGCGUUUUGGAUGCUGAUUUGCGGCGUCCAAAACAAGAAGCUAUUGUUUUUGAAAUCGAUGUGAUGACUAAUGAGAUUCUGCAUUUAUUAGCGCAUAUGGAUGAGUGGUCUACUCCUACAAAGCCUACAAAAGGUCUAGCAAAUCUCUUCGAUGAGGUUCUUGUCUAUAAAGAACCAUACGGAGUAGUACUGGUCAUUGGUGCUUGGAAUUAUCCAAUUCAGCUCAGUCUUGUUCCUAUGGCAGCUGCAAUCGCUGCUGGAAAUUGUGUUGUUUUAAAACCUAGCGAAGUUUCAUCUCAUAGUGAAAAAUUUUUGAUUGAGAAGAUACCGAAGUAUUUGGACAAUGACUGCUAUCAAGUCAUCGCAGGAGGCGCUGAAGAAACAACAGAACUUCUUCGAAACCAAUUUGAUUAUAUUUUCUAUACAGGAUCAGGACGUGUUGGUCAAAUUGUCUAUACAGCAGCCACAAAAUAUAUGACACCCGUGACACUUGAACUUGGAGGUAAAUCGCCUUGUUAUGUUGAUGAUUCAGUUGAUAUUGGACGAUCGGUUCGAAGAAUUUUAUGGGGCAAAAACAGUAAUGCUGGACAGACUUGCAUCUCGCCUGAUUAUAUUCUUUGUACCAAAGAAGUUGAAAAGAAAUUGGUUGAAGAAUUUAAAGCUGUGAUUAAGGAGUGGUAUGGAGAUGAUGUACAAAAGAGUCCUGAUUAUGCUAGAAUAGCUACAGAUGGACAUUUUAAACGCCUCACAACAUUCCUCACUAAUGGAACUAUAGCUGCUGGUGGUAAAUAUGAUCCUGUCGACCGAUUCAUUGAACCAACACUAUUAAUUGACCUGAAUCCAAGUGAUCCAGCACUUCAAGAGGAAAUUUUUGGUCCAAUAAUGCCAAUUGUAACAGUUAAUGAUGUCCAUGAUGCUAUCGAUUACAUCAAUGCUAGAGACAAGCCACUGUCAAUGUACAUCUUUACAAACAACACAAAAGACAAGAGUUUAAUGAUUGCAAGCACUUCAGCUGGUGCAAUUUGUGUGAAUGACACUGUACAGCAUUUCGCAAGUAACAUUCCAUUUGGUGGCGUUGGACCAAGUGGGAUGGGAAAAUAUCAUGGGAAGAACAGCUUUGAUACAUUCACACAUGAGAAGGGAUGUCUUGAGAAGUCAAUCAACUUUUUUGUUGAGAAAUUGGGAGAUGCUCGAUAUCCACCAUAUAGUGACUGGAAAGAAUCAUAUUUAACAUCAUUAAUGAAAUUUAGAAAUUAUUGGAAAGUUCCAUAUUUCUCUCAAAUUGUGAUGUUCUGCCUGGGAAUAGCUGCAACUGUAUUAUAUCAAAAAUAUGGAAAAUCAAACUAAGUAGAUUAAAGGACUUGGAGAUAGAUGUCAACACAAGGGGCAGUUUUUCGUCAUACACCUGCACAUACUUAUAAGGUUUUAUCUUUAAAGGAAGAGUCAGCGUAUCAUUAGCGGUAGAUGCACGAGUUAAGUUUAAGGGAUUCAAAAGCUUAAAUGUAAAAAUUAAAGACUUGUAAGAUAAGUUUUUGUUCAGCUUGGAGAUUAAAAAGCAUAAAUUAUUUAAAAAAGUUUAAAUCAUAUAUGUAAUAGAAAAUUGUGAGAAAUAUUAUUAUUACUAAUAUUCUAUAAAAAUUUAUAAUAAAUCAUCAGCACGAUUCCUAUAA